AUGGAGAAUGGCUCCAAAAGACGAAUCGAAGUAGAAAUCAAAGUUCUCGACAAGGUGGGAGAAGUAAUCUCCGAAUUAAACAAGGCCAAACACGCAGACCAAGUUAUCUCCGCGCUUCACUCCCUCGCCGUUCUUCUCUUCCCUCUCGAUCCUUCUCUCUUCUCAGGUGCUGUUGGCGAGCGGUGCAGGGAGCAGGUUCUUAGUGUUGCAGCUCCUUCGGCUGAGGAGAGAAGCGAGUGGUGGAAGGCGUUUUACCGUGGAGCUGCAUUCAGGACAUUUGCUAGGGUUUUGUUGACUGACGUUGCUUCCAAUUGGUUGGCUUGUUUCCCGUUUUCAGCACGGAAACAUGUGUAUGAUGUUUUCUUUGUUAACGGCCUUGUCACUGAGGUUGUUCAGGUUCUGGUCCCUUGUCUACAGCAAAGUGGGAGCAGCGAUGUCGAUGUCAAUGCUGUUCAAUCCAAUACUGAAAGGUUGCUCGUACUUAGCUUGCUUGAAAAUAAGGGGGUGCUCCAGAUGGCUAGAGAAUUUGGUGGCCCUUUCCGGUCUGAAGAAAAUCUCAAGUCAACUGUAUCUAGAGUAGCACAGAUUGUUGCCUCUAUACCUGACAAAGCAAAAUUGAGAGCCCCAACUUCUCUUUCGUCACAUUUGUUCUUCAAGGAAGUUACCAUUCAGCUUCUUUCUCUAGCAGAAGAAGGGAAUUUGGAGAUGUUAGAUGAAGGAGCUUUCUAUAAUACUGACAUGAACUGGACCUUGCUGUUUGUCGGGGAAACAUUUUCUCGUAUAUGUCGACGUGGAUCUGUAGAUGUACUUUUAAGUGAAAUAAUUCCAAGGAUUCUUAGGCAUGUCCGAAGUUUGUCAUCGUCCACUAUGGAGUCACUAGGUUCAGAUGUUCUGGAAUCAUCCCCUGGUUCCCUAUUUUGGUUGAAUCUUAUUCAAGCAAUCAAAGAUUCAUAUGCCGUGGAAAGAAUGUCUGAGCAACUUUUAUAUCAGCUUGCAACUGAACAAGUGGGUGAUGUUGAAGCUUACUGGAUUCUUUGGCUAUUAUUUCAUCGAGUUUUCAAAUGCCAAAUAUCAGUGAGAUGGUCUAAAAGGGAGUUUGUACAAUCAGCCCCAGUCGAGCAGCAGCUCUUUUUGAGUUUUUUUGUUCCUUAAUCGUGUUUAUCAGAUGUAACUGCUGGUGUAGGCCUUUCCCUAGAGCAGAUGUCGAAGGAGGAACUGGAUGAGACUAAGGAUGUGAUGCAAUCAAUUCUCCAAGGAGUGAGCUGUAGGCUUCAGAGCCCUAAUCAUAUAGUACGGAAGAUGGCUAGCAGUGUUGCUUUAGUUUUCUCCAAGGUGAUUGAUCCAAAAAAUCCACUGUAUCUUGAUGACAGCCUAACUGAGGAGACCAUCGACUGGGAAUUUGGGUUGUCUACCCCUAAGAAAGGGGCAGCCCUGGGAACCUCAAGUAGCCUAGAAGAAGGUAUUAAAGAUUCUGAAAUAUCUACAACCUCAGUGCUGGGAGAUGGCUUAAACCACAAAACCAGUGGGAAGAGUAAAAGUAGGAAAUUAUCUGAACCCAAGGUGGUUGAUCCAGACGAGAUCAUUGAUCCAGUUAUACUGAAUUAUGAUUCAGUCUCUGAUGAAGAUGACAACGAUGAUGUUAGUGUGAAUUCUGAUGUCUCAAGUGACUCAUCUUUACAGCCAUAUGAUUUAUCAGAUGAUGACGCAGAUUUGAAAAGAAAAUUUUCACAGUUGGUUGAUGUUGUUGCGGCACUUCGGAAAUCUGAUGAUGCUGAUGGGGUGGAGAAGGCUCUUGAAGUUUCUGAAAAACUUGUUCGAGCCUCACCUGAUGAGCUUAAGUUUGUAGCAAGUGAUCUUGUUAGAACCUUGGUACAGGUUCGUUGCUCUGACUUGGCUAUAGAAGGUGUGGAAGAUUCAGCAGAAGACAAAAGACAAAGAACAUUGGUUGCUUUGCUUGUCACAUGUCCAGUGGAGUCUCUUGAAACUUUAAACAAGCUAUUAUAUUCACCUAAUGUGGAUAUCAGUCAGCGCUUAAUGAUUCUUGAUGUAAUGACUGAGGGGGCUCAGGAGCUUGCUGAUACUAAAAUUAUAAAGGCCAAACAUCAGACUAGGGCCCUCAUAUCAACCACGUCAGAGACACAAGCUUGGUUCUUGCCUAGUGACAUAGGACCUCCUGGAGCUGGUGCCUGGAAAGAGAUUUCAGAAACAAAUUCUUUAUUGAACUGGACAAAUCGUUAUGAGAGGGAACUACCCCCAAACCGUGGUCAGAUUAGGAGAGGAAAGAUACGUCAAUGGAGCCUUAGAUCAACCAAUGCACGAAAAAGCCAAAUAGAAUGGUCCCAUAAUAAGUUUCCAGUGUAUGCAGCAGCAUUCAUGCUUCCUGCCAUGCAGGGGUUUGAUAAAAGAAGGCAAGGUGUCGACCUUCUUGAUAGAGAUUUUAUCGUGCUUGGGAAACUCAUCUAUAUGCUCGGAGUCUGUAUGAAAUGUGCAGCCAUGCAUCCGGAAGCAUCUGCUCUGGCUGGCCCUCUUCUAGAUAUGCUAAGUUCCAGGGAGAUAUGUUUCCACAAGGAAGCAUAUGUCAGAAGAUCUACCCUUUUUGCGGCUUCAUGCGUAUUGCUAUCACUUCAUCCCUCUUAUGUAGCAACCUCCUUAGUUGAAGGCAAUACUGCAAUUUCUAACGGGCUUGAAUGGGUGCGCACAUGGGCUCUUCAUGUAACUGAAUCUGACACAGAUAGAGAGUGCUAUUCGAUGGCUAUGACAUGUCUGCAACUCCAUGCUGAAAUGGCCCUGCAAGCUUCUCGAGCUCUAGAGUCAGCACAAAGCACGUCCAUUGCGAAGAAUGUUGUUGGGAUUCCGUCUAAUCUAUCCAAGGGAACAAUUAUCAUUCCCCAUUCCAAUGUGCAAUACUGAUUUUAUCAUCAGAAGGACAAUUGCAUCUUUCCCUUUUGUAAUUUCUGUACAGUAUAUCAGAUUAUCAGUGAUGACAUCAAGUAAAACCAAUGUUUUCG